GUAUUUGAAUAAUUUAGGUUAAGUAAGUUUGAUCGAAUUUUAUCAAAAUGUUACAAAUAAUGGGUAAGCGGUGUUUCAACCAGGUAGUAAAGAAAAGAACGAUUUAUAAACAAGUAUUAAACUCUACGAGUACGCAACCAGUUGCGAAAGACAGCGAAACCGAAUUUAACAAGCAACUGAAGCAGUAUGAGGAAUUGUCGAAAAUUGCCCCCAAAAGGGCGAGGGCGAAAAAACCGCAGAGGAAACCCUUCGCGAAAAACCUAUUUUUGGGGAAUUUCGACGAAGAAAUCCUAACCUACCCCCAAUUGGAGAAGGAAGACAUAGACGAGUUAGAAACAACGUUAACCCAAGUAGAAAAGCUAACGAAACAAGAAUUGAGCAAUUAUAAACAGUUCGAUGCGAAUUUCCUGCAAAAUUUUGGGGACUACAAGCUUAUAGGCUUACAGGCUGGCACUUUUGAGAACGGCAGGGAGUGCAACAUUUCCGAACACACCAAAAUUAUGGAGACUUUGUGCCACCAUCGAUUGAGAAAUAACAUCAUUCAUAAUGAACAGUUGGGGGUGCAGGUUUUGGUUAAGUAUGGUAGCGAUAGUUUGAAGAAAGAGUUUUUAGGUUAUUUUACUUCCGGUAAAGGUAUUGUUGGUUUUUGCAUGGCAGAGGACAAAAUGAGCAAUUUAACCAACAUGGCAACCAAGGCUGCUCUGUCGGCUGACAAAAAAGAAUGGAUUUUAAGUGGUGAAAAAAUCUGGGUUGUGAAUGGAAACAAAUCGGACUUUUUGAUAGUAUUCGCAAUGACAGAUUUAGUGGAAAGGGACGAACUGCAAAUACCGAAAAUAACGGCAUUUUUAGUGAAUAAAAACAGCCCGGGAAUAUCGAGCACCCAGUAUGAUGUUAACAACUUGGAUUUAUCAAAAAUUCGAUUUGAUAACACCCCUGUACCAAUAGGAAACGUGAUUGGUGUAGAAGGAGACGGCGAAAAAAUGAUAUUAAGCAUAAUGAACGAGUUUAGGUUAAGUUAUGGUUCAGUUUGCACCGCUUUAAGCAAAAAGAUUGCCAAUAAACUGUGUGAUUAUGUAAUUGAGGAAACUACUGAUGAAAAUUUGCUGUUAAAAACUGAUGCUGUCAGAGAUAAAAUAGGACAAAUUACCCUUAACACUUUUGCCAUGGAAAGUAUGACUUAUCUGACUGCUGGAAUUCUGGACAUGUACGAAAAUCAAGAUGUUGAGUUAGAGGCUGCUAUUAUUAAGUACUUUUCGUCGCAAAAAACCGUGGAAAACGCGAAUAUAUGCUUAAAUUUGGUGGGAACCCCCGCCCUGGAGGAAUCCCAUUGGUGCAACAAAUUGCACAGGGAGAGCCUGAAAUACGCAACGCUGCACGAAACAAACGACAACUUGAAAGUCAUCAUAGCACUGAUGGGGCUGAAAUACGUGGGGGAUACCAUAAGCGACCAGAUAAGAAUCGCCAGAAAUCCGCUUUUCAACGCGCCGGAGAUAUUUAAAAGGAUGUGGAACAUCAGAAAAGAUAUCGAGGACAAUCCCAAGUUAAAGUUGAAAUUGAACGAAUGUUUGCACCCUUCCUUGCUGAUGUCAGCCAAUAAUUUGGAGUAUUGCAUUCAUAGGCUUAAAUUUGGAAGCGAAAUUCUGUUGACGAGAUAUGGGGCUGAAAUAAUGAACCAGCACAUUGAUUUGAACAGAUUGGCCGACUGUAUUAUCAAUAUUUAUGCCAUGACGGCAGUAUUAGGCAGGGCCUCUAGAUCCUACUGCAUAGGCUUGCAACACGGAGAUUUCGAAAUGUUGAUGGCCAACGCGUUCUGCAACUACGCGAAGGAGGCGGUGCAAUUAAACAUAAAAAAAAUCUACGAAGGCCCCUGUCAAACGAACGACGAGAAUCACAGAGUCAUAGCAAAGAGGUUGGUGAAAUUUAAAGGUUAUUUCCCCGUACACCCCCUGUCAAGGAACUUUUAAAAAAGUAUCCCUAACAUUGUAAAUAUGUAUUUAAUUGUUAUUUAAUACAGUUUUUUUAUGAAAAAA